CACUCUUUACGCCUUUCAUGCACAAGGCACCACAAUUUACUAAUGCAAUGGGUGCGCUAUUCUAGCAGUGAAAGACAAGCCUUUAAUAUCAGACAUUGUAGACCCACUGAUCACUUGAAGGACCUCGUUCAUCAAACGCAGCUCCUUGAGGAUCGCAAUCUCUGUGCCAGAGUCACAGAAUGCGAAAGUCAUGUCAUACACGACCGAACUCUCGCCCAAUGCCGAGCGCCCUGCUCUCCUAUACCGCGUCAUAUACGGUGUUCCCACCGAGGGCAAUCAAUCAGGCUUACCUAACGAUCAACUUGUUGCACGAGGCGCCUGGAAAACUCGACCACUAGAAGUAUACGCAGACUUGCAUCUGCGCGUACAAGUCAAAGACCGAGUGGGCAACGAGUCCAAAUCCCCAUUCAUGACAUUCACCAGCCAGUGGCGCGACGCUCUAAUGAUCCGAGAAAACUUUCUAAAGCAAGGAAAAGAACAUGUCCGCAUCGUUGUCGUCGACGGUCGGAAAGUCCGCGACAUCUUCAGUGCUUUUGAGAUCAGCAUGAAUUUGGGAUACGCGGCGAAUGGCUCCCGAUUUUUGGGGAACAGAUUCUGCCACGAGAAUGAGUUUCUGAUCCGAGGUGUUGUUGAUGUUAGGUAAGGGCAUGUCCUUGCGAUCAUUGAUGGGGAUGGGAAGGACUUGUCUUACACCACGCUAGAGGAUCAUGCCAUCCAACUUACAGGAGGAAUUGACUCGGAG